AUGGCUGGUAGCCUCCACGCCCAAAUCACCGAGUCACUGACGCCUGGGCGCGUCUUUGGCUCGCUUUUCUUUGUGUUUGUCGGCCUGCUCGUCCUCGACCACAUCUCAAAGCCGACAUAUCCGGAAAACAUCCCCGUCGUCGGCUAUGGAAAGGGCACUCUCGCCCGUAUCAAGAACUUUUACUAUUACAUCUUUCGCUACCGCGACUGGGUAAUCGAGGGCUACCACAAGGUUCGCGCAAUACCCCGCCAUUGA